AUGAAAAUCACAAGCAGUGAGGCUGAUUCAUUAAUUAAAGAAAAUUUAUUGAAUGAUGAUGCACUUGCGAUAAAUAACGUUUUGCUCAAAAUAAAAAUCGAAAAAGAUAAAGAUAGCGGAUUUUCGAGCAACUUUGAUUCUUCUCUCGACGAUUCUGAUAAAUGGAAUAAUUUAUCGGAUAAUCUCAUUAACGAGCGUGAAAUAUUCAUAACAAAAUGUAGACAGGAAUUCAGUAGCAAGUUACCAGAACAGUUCGAUCGGUGGACACUUAAACAGCAGUACGAUCACCUAAUGAGCAAUAUUAGAAAAUAUUUCCCGAACAUACCCGAAUCUUUGAGGUUCAUAAUGCCGGCAGUAUUCGAAAAUGGAGACUGCAGUAGACGAAGAGGAAAUGCAAAGCCGGAUUGGUUAAUAAUGGAUAAAUUUUAUCGUGGACAACGUUUUGCCGAACGUUACUUCAGCGGGAUUCUUAUAGGUACUUUGAUGGGUCUAAUCCAAAUAUUUAGUUUCUCUGACGGAAUCAAACCGCUGAUCCUCAGUCAAAAGUCAGACACUCCGUACAAAGCCUUUGAGCGAUACCUCAGAACGGUAAGAAUCUUGAGAAAUUGGUACACGAGCGAUCCUUGGUGCGAAGGUACGCCAGCUUACCGCGACAUUCAGAGAGUGCGAAGAUUACACAGCGCCAUGAGAUCGAAAUUGUCUAAGAAAAGCUUUAAGGAGAUUGAUGAAGACAGCAAGAUUCAAAAUGUAUGGUGUCCUAUUUUGGGAAAGAUUACAAAAGACUUCGCAGACACGUGCUCGAUAGCGAAGAGCCAACAUUGUCCGUACCUGAUAGCACGAACGACAAGUCUGAACCAAGGCGAAAUGGCAGGUACCAUGUUCGCUUGCAUAAGUUUAACAGUGCUUUAUCCGGAGCAGUUCGGAAUAUUCAACGCCAGCGAUGAGGAUCUGGAGGCUUUUUGCCAUCUCUGGCGUGGUUUAGGCUAUCUGCUAGGCAUGGAAGAUCAGUAUAAUUUCUGUCGCGGUGAUUUACAGGAUGUGCGCCGACGAAGUAAAGAUUUCAUUGAGCAAUGGAUAAAACCAAAUUUCCGCACGGUGACAUCAGAGUGGGAGCAUAUAAUCAUGUGUUUACAUGAAAGCGUAGUUUAUAUGGAUAUUUUAAGUAAUUACAAAGUGUCUCUGCUUUAUCUCUGUGACAUAUUUGAACUCAACAUGCCUCGUUUGUAUGGUUUAUUCAGUUUACGGGAGAAAAUAAUUUAUAUGCUGCACAAAUUUCUGUUCUGUUAUAUGAUGAAAUUACCUGGCAUCAUUUCUAUCGUAAACAAGGUGAUAAACACGUGUCUAGAUCGAGCAGCUACUUUUAAAAGCGUUAAACAUGACGAGCUUAAGAAGAAGUCAUUCAAACAGAUCCAAGAGUUUGUACCGCUUAAAUUUGAUUACACGGUAUAGAACUUUAUAAUUAAUUUAAUUUCUUUGACGUUACACAACUUUAUAGUAAAUUAUAAUA